CCCCUUAGUCAUGACUGAGAUUUACUGUAACAGUUGUGGGUGUGUUGUGCAGCAGCUGGAUCAAUAGUCCCUGGUUUAUGAACCUCCCAGUGUUUGUUCCCGUAUCUACAGAGGAGAAAAAACAUUUCAUUUUUAAUACACAAGUCACAGCAGAAAGUCCUCAAAUACUCGUCCUACUUGCUGUACAGGGGUGAUGGAAAUCUGCUGUGGUCUACUUACUUACCAAAAGGAAUCAGUUCCUCUAAAGAGCAUCGAUGUGGAGGUGGAGGUGAGGGACCAUGUGGCUACAGUGGUCUCCACUCUGAACUAUGAGAACAAGGAGGACAAACCAAUAGAGGCAGUUUUUGUCUUCCCUCUGCCUGGAGAUGCUGCUGUCUGUCAUUUCAGUGCUAAGAUUGGACAAAAAGAGAUUGUAGCUGAGGUGAAGGAGAAACAGGAGGCUCGUGAGGAGUAUGAUGAUGCACUGAGCUCCGGUCAGCAGGCCUUCCUGUUGGAGGAGAGUGAGCAGAGUCCAGAUAUAUUCUCUCUGAGUGUGGGCAGUCUGCCUCCAGGAGAGAGCGCCUCCAUCAGGCUGGAGUACGUCACUGAGCUGGCUGUGCAGGCUGAUGAUGGGCUGAGGUUUUGUCUGCCUGCUGUGCUCAACCCUCGCUACCAACCUCAGGGUAGUGAAGGUGCCAGUGUCCAGGUGAUCUGUGUUCCAGCCUCUCUGGUGCCCUACAGUCUGUCUUUCUCUGCCCGACUGUCCUCUCCUCGUCCAGUCUCUAAAGUAGAGUCUAACUGUUCCCUGGAUCCUCUGCAGUACCUCAACACAGAGCAAACCCAGGCCACGGUCAAGUUGGCUGCAGGACACAAGUUUGACAGAGAUGUUGAACUGCUGAUUUAUUACAAAGAUGCCCACCAGCCCACUGCUGUGGUGGAGGCAGGACAGGCGUCUGCCAAGCCUGGCACUCUGAUGGGUGAUCCAGUAGUGAUGCUGAGCCUGUACCCUGAGUUCCCCCAGGCUGUGAUGUCUUCAGUCGCCUCAUGUGGAGAGUUUGUGCUCUUAUUGGAUCGAUCUGGCAGUAUGCAGGGAGAACGUAUGAAGAGUGCCAAGGAUACUCUGCUGCUCCUGUUGAAGAGCUUACCAAUGGGCUGCUAUUUCAACAUCUACAGUUUCGGGUCCAGCCAUGAACACAUCUUCUCUAAGAGUGUGGAGUACAGCCAGAAGACCCUGGAAGAGGCUCUGAAAAAAGUUGAAGUGAUGGACGCUGAUCUGGGAGGAACAGAGAUCCUUCAGCCCCUCGAACAUAUUUACAGCCAGCCAACCAUUCCCAAUCAACCUAGACAACUGUUUGUCUUUACUGACGGAGAGGUGGAGAACACCAAACAAGUCAUCAAUCUGGUGAAGAAGAAUUCAGGUUCCCACAGGUGCUUCUCUUUUGGGAUUGGGGAAUGGGCCAGCUCUGCUCUUAUCAACGGGUUGGCCAAGGAAGGAGGAGGUCACGCUCAGUUCAUCACAGGGGAAGAGAGGAUGCAGCCUAAAGUGAUGCAGUCGCUGCGAUUUGCUCUCCAGCCAGCUGUGGUGGACGUCUCAGUCGAGUGGGAUGUGCCAGAGGGAGUUUCUGUUGCUGCUCUCUCCCCACCGAUCACAGCACUUUUCCAGGGUCAAAGGUCACUGAUUUACGCCCAGCUGACUGGGCAGGUAGGAGCAGCAGCAGAGGGCUGUGUGACAGUGAAGUACAGCCUGGCAGGUCAUCCCUGUCAGAACCAGCUCCACUUCAGUCUCACACCUGCAGACGACACUGGAUUAACAGUUCACAGAUUGGCUGCUUGGACUCUGAUCCGCUCCCUGGAAGUCGAGGAGGAAAAGGAAGGAGAUGAGGAAGUGAAGAAGACGGUGGUGGAGCUCAGUGUCCAAUCAGGAGUGAGCAGUGCCUUCACUGCCUUUGUUGCUGUCAACAAAGGCAACGGCGAGGCGAUUCAGGGACCUAUGGCUAUUGUAAAUGUCCCAGUAUCCAGUUACAGAUUUCUUUCUUAUAAUCUGUGUGCUCUCGAUGACCCUGUGCCAUUGUCUACAGAAUUUGACUCUGCAAUGAUGAAAGUAAAAUCAGUUUUCAGCAGAAUUAGCAGCUCCUUUAAGCGUGGUAAGAAGGCCUCAUCUCAGACCAAUGCUCCAUGUGGGGUUGCAGGUACCUUCCUGCAACUGGUCUCCCUCCAGAAGGCGUCUGGCUGCUGGGUGCUGCAUCCAGAUCUGGCUACUGCACUGGGAAAGACCACCGAUGAGGUGGAAAAGUCAAAACCUGCAUUGGAGAACAAAGAAGUGUGGGCCACCAUUCUGGCUCUGAUCUGGCUUCAUGGUUUCAAGAUGGAUGCUAAGGAUGAGUGGGAGCUUCUGGCAAUGAAGGCUGUGUCAUGGCUCCGUGCUCAGAAUGCACCAUGUGUGACAGAGUGUGUAGAAGCUGGGAAUGCUCUGCUGGGUGUCAACGUGCAGAAAGAUGCCCUGGGACUGUGAAGUUGUCAUCAAAGCGGUUUCUCUUUAGGAUUGGUAUACUGAAGCAGAUUUACUUGCGCCUCUGCUGUAUUUUCUCAACGUUGCACCUCAUUCUAUGCACUAUUCACAUUGCACUGCCAAACUCCAUGGAGAUGUACAUGGAGAAACACGUGUUGCACCUUGUUAUCCUUACUAUUUGCACUGUACUUCAUCCAUCAGCCAUGUAACGGCAAAAAACAAAUGAAGCUCUUCUGUUUUAAGCUGGUUGAUGUUGUUUUUUAUCUGAAACAGUCUUUAUUCAUCUAUGAUAUUUUGACAAAGUGAAUGCAAAUGCACCAUUAAAAUGUAAACUGACAAUACAGGAGGCACACAUGCACUUGAGUGGACACUGAAACUAAUGUAUCUAUAGGCCAGAAUUAUACUACUUUUCCUGUCCUGUCCAGCCUAUAAUCCAC